AUGGAAGAAUAAGUCUACUAGAAAGAAGCAGAUUAGCUCUAGGAAAGUUUGAAGUUUUAUGAUCCAGAUACUAAGAAGAUAAGAGGUUAUCUUUCAGAUAAAACUAAUUCAGAUGAAUACAACAGGGUUCAUAAUAACUUUAAUGUCUCCGCUUCAAAUAAUUACCCAAAUUUCUAUUCAAGCAACAAUACCUAAAUGUAUUUUAACAGUAUUAAUGACAACCAAAGUGUUUCAAAUACAUUAUAAUAAUCUUAAAAUAACUCCAAAUUUCCAAAUAAUCAUAUAGAAAAUUAGCAAUCUGUCCAUUAACAAACUAAUUUUAACUAAAAUAGUAAGGUUGGUGAAGAAUGCCUUAAAUAGCCAUAUUUAUUUUAGGUAAAACCCAUUAUUUUUGACCAAAGCAGCUAUAAUUACUAGGAGGAAGAAAAUUAGGUUUGGAAAGUAAAUAAAAAGUUGCAGAGCGAAGCAAGUGAGAGUUUAUGCCAAACUAAAACAGAAUUAAAUAAAGCACCAUCAAUUUACUUAAGCCAAGAACUAGUAAGUUCUGAUAGCAGUAUAGGACACAUUUUUAAUGAAAAUGCAUUGAAUAUGGAUAAAAAUUAAUCCCAGUAAAUAGAUAGCGAUAAGACUUAGAUUUACUUUCAAACAUAUGAGAAUUUAUCAAAUAAUGAAAGCACACCUAGUCAUUCAUAAUAAUCUAGCCUGUAAAUCAUAAAUAAUGAGAAUAGCAGUUAGCUAGAAAUAAAAAGUAAUGCAAGCGGAUAAAAGUAGAAAAGUAGUGGUAAAAAAUACAAUGAUAGGUACAUUCCUAAUAGAGUUUCAACAAAUUUAUAUAAUUUGAUAAAUCCAACUCAACUCUCUUCUUCCUCUUCCUAAUAAAAUUCAAAUAGCAGUUAAUAACCAAAUGGAGAUGAGAUUGAUGAUGGAACCAUGAGGAGAUAAUCAGAUAAUCCAAGAGUUUAGCAAAAUUCAAAGUUGUAUUCCAACCUCCUCUAGUCUUCAAUUUUAGGAGAAUCGCCUGAACUUCUUCAAUAGAGCCGUCACUGGGGCUCAUCUAAUGCAGAUUAUAUUCUUAAAGACUCCCAAAUGAUAAAUUAUGGCUAAAUAAAUGCAUAUUAAACAUACAAAUAAAAAAAGAUAUUAACUUACAGCACUAAGCAGUAAAUAUAAAAUUAUGAAAAUGAACUUAAAAUUGCUGCACAUAAUUAAAUUAUUCUGUCACAUGAAUAAAAUAUCAGAAAAAUACCUAAACAACCCUAUAAAAUUUUAGAAUCAAGAAAUUUACAAGAUGACUUUUAUUUGAAUCUACUGGAUUGGUCUCCUCUUAAUUAUCUAGCAGUUGGAUUGAAAAAUUAAGUUGCAAUAUGGUCAGGUUGUAACUCAACUAUUUCAAGACUCUGUGGUCUUGGAGAUGUUGGUGUUAGUUCAGUUUCUUGUAGCUAGCGCAGUAACCAUAUAGCAGUUGGUGAUUCAAUUGGAAAUAUACUUAUUUAUGACAUUCAUCAUAAAGAGCAACCACUAUUAAAAAUAGACGGUCACUCCGAUAGAAUCGGCAGUAUAGCUUGGAACGGAUCACUGAUUGCAUCAGGAUCUAAAGAUAAAAACAUCUUAGUAAGAGAUUUGAGAGCUCCUUAGAAAUAUAUAUAGAAAUACUCAGGGCAUAAAUAAGAAAUAUGUGGACUAAAAUGGUCGUUUGAUGAAAAUAUCUUAGCUUCAGGAGGUAAUGACAAUAAGCUAUUUUUAUGGACUUUGAAAACAAAAGACGAGCUAGCUAAGUUUUCACAACAUACAGCAGCUGUUAAAGCUUUAGGUUUUUCUCCACAUCAACACAAUAUUUUGGCUAGUGGAGGAGGUACAGCAGACAGAUGCAUUAGAUUUUGGAACACAUAGACACUUUAGUAAAUUGACUGUUUAGAUACAGGUUCUCAAGUUUGCAAUCUGAUGUUUUCAAAAAAUGUUAAUGAAAUAGUAUCAACACAUGGCUAUAGUCUAAAUUAGAUUAUAGUUUGGAAAUAUCCUUCAAUGAAAAAAAUUUAAACUUUGACAGGACACACAUAAAGAGUUCUUUAUUUAGCUAUGAGUCCUUGUGGAUAGAAUGUAGUGACAGGAGCUGGUGAUGAAACACUUCGCUUCUGGAAUAUAUUCCCAUCUGUAAAAAAUAAAUCAAACUUAUUAGGAACUAGUUCUCUUUUCCCAUCUUGCAUAGACUUAAGGUGA